AACGACGUGUUCGUGGUGCAAGGUAUAAAAUUGGGUUAAGGUUAAGCCAUGUAGCCGGCGGUGUAAUCAUGUAACAGUUGCAGAGCCUCGUUGGCGCAACGAUCGACGAAGAAAUCGCCGGGCUCGAAAACGCGGGUUCUGUACGGGGAAACCCGACGGUGUAUGCAUAAUUUAUGACGGGGGGGGCCCCGCGUGUAUUAAAUAUAGAGUAGUGUUAAAAUGUCACGCACGGCCAUAAUGCAAGCACGCGAUAACGCGUGCGUGGCUCGCGAAACGCGAAACGGGAAAAUAUACGCUCGCGGAUCGAUCCUUCAUCCAGGAAGUCGCCCCGCUGUGUUCCAUGAAACCGUACACCGGCGAUACGGAAAGUCGAUACGAGAAUCGUUGCUGGUUAAUGCUCAAUUCUUCUUGCCCCCCCUGCGUUCUUAUUUUUAACAACCGGAAUGAUCGAGCGUGCACGUGGCCGUUUAUUCGAUAUUCCUGCGCGUCGUCCACUUAAAGCGUUAGUGUUCCGCGAGUACUGGCUGACGCGAGACAGAGCAAAGAGCUUUUGCUAAAAACAGAAGCAGAAUGGAUCUCUAUUUGACGAUCGAGCAAACAUCUCGCGUUCAUCCGAUUAACCGUGUUCCGACUCCGUGCUCAUGAAUAUUGAUUCCAUUGAGUUGUUUGCGCACGAUUUAAAGAGAGAAUGGCUUGCAGAGGAUUUUAAUGGACAACGAGGAGAUGUGCGUGCACGAGAGCCGUGCGUUGAUCGUGGACGCAACAAUGUUCCCCAACGUAAUAGUGCCAGCAAUGUCCUUGGAGGAGUCGCGGCGUUCGCAGCGUCCGUACAGGUACGGGAUGGUUCUCCUUUGCGUUGGUGCACUGAUAAACUGGUUAGGCCUCGCGGAGAACUACGUCGAACCGGUACGAUAUGUCGGUGUUGCUUGCAUAAUCGCAGGCGCUCUUCUCAUAUGUGCCGCAAUGUGUUGUUGGCUGCACGCACCGCCAAGUAGGGCAACCAUGCACACACAACACACAAACCAUCCAAUCACAGCACAGAUCGACGAUCCGAUUCACGUAAUUUCCAUCGAGGAACCAUCUAGUGGGUCGAGACAAAAACCGCCAGACUACGAGGCGGUCACGGACGCGCCACCUAGCUACGACGAUGCCAUCAAAUUGAAUCCUAGUCAACUACUUACGCCGAACAAUAGCAGCACGUUGUCGUUGCCAACUGUGCACAGCAUGGUCCCUAGAACCGUGGAGAUUGUCUCUAGGGACCCAACGCCGUCACCUCCGCCACCUUACGCAAGGUGAAAUAUUUGACAGUACCGCACAUGAUCGCAACGAAAGAGGCUUGCGAAGUGCUGGAGGUCCAUCGUACGCCAGCUGAGUACGAGAACACAAAGAAGGGUGCAAACCACUCCGCCGCUCGUCGUAGCUGUCACGGCACACCGUCAAGAAUGCGAGUGCACUCGAAGAACUAUUUACGACGAACAGUAAUACAUCGUCGUAGGCACUGGACCUCGUUUAAGUAGACUAAAGAUAUUUGUGUUCAAAGAAUCAAACGGACAGUCCUCCGGACGGGACCCCGCUUUUAUCACUGAAUCAACCACAACGACACGAUCGAAGCUAGAAUCGAAGAUACGAGCCGCGUUUCGUAGUUACGUUUGAUCGAUGGAUGCUACGUAUGAGAAAGGGAUGACGAAAUUUUCUUUUUUUUUUUUUGUUUUCUUUUUUCAUUUGCGAGAACUUCAGAAACUUGAAGGAAAGGAUUGAAAAAGAGUCAAAGGAGACUGUAAACAUUGUGCCUUCCGUAAAGCGCCUCGUUAGAGAGACUCAAGCCUAAAUGUUUGCACGAAAUAUUCAUGACUCGAUAGAUAGUUCCAGAACUGUCGAAACUGUCAAGUGGACUUGCCGAUAAAAUCCGUACGAGUUGUCGAUUUGAUCUGGCUAAUUUAGAGCAAAUCUAAAGUACGAAUCGUCGACAGCUCGAUAAGCUUCGUGCAUUUAUACGUUAUUCUAUCUGUACGCAAUUUACGUGUCCCUUGUUGUUAAAAGAGGAGUAGCAUUUGCUGAAUCGUCGAAGAAAAUCGGUGAAGCCUCUGAGAGACGCGAAGAAAUUAAAGGAGAAACGUAGGAGAAAAUGACCUUGAAAAUGAUGUUCGGAAGUGGAAACGUUCCGAAUUUCAUCGCUUAGACAAUCUGCGCGGCUUCUUAGAGGGAAAUACGUUUGCUUGCCAUAUGAUUUCGAUGAUUGUCAUUUUUUACACCAUGUACAUACAUACCACCAUGCGAAACUCGUUCGCACGUCCAUUUUAUUGUGAUAUAUUGCGAUGAUGCAGGUAUUAUAUGAUACGACACUUAUGUCGCGUACGAUCUUGCUUUGUGAAACAAGACUCCUUUUUUUUUAUAAUGAAAAUGCAAAAUAUAAUGAUAGGCAACUUUUAAA